UCUUUUGAUACAUACUGAAUUCUGCCUUGCUGGCGCCUUGUAAUACAAACAAAUACCAGGCAAAUGCACCCUUUCCGCCUUCAGCCUCCGAUUCACUAGUAAUCUAUUACCACCCAUUACGGUAAUCCAGCUCUUUCACUGUCUCCGUCGACAUUGUGACUCUCUCUUUCUUCAACUCUCUGUCGGAUUCCUUCAUUUCUCAAAUAAGGUUGUUUUACCAUAUAAACGACAGAAACCCUCUAAAGAACCUCUAAAGAACCUCUAAAGAACAUACCUAUCAAAAUGACUACAUCCACCAUCACUCUCACCAGCUCCGACGGCGUUGAGAUCAGUGUCGAGCGCGAUGUUGCGGAGCGUUCCAUCCUCAUCAAGAACAUGCUCGAAGACUUGGGCGAGUCGGACGAAGCUAUCCCCAUUCCCAACGUCAACGAGGCAGUUCUGCGCAAGGUGAUCGAAUGGUGCACCCACCACAAGAGCGACCCUCCCAACACCGGUGACGAUGACGACUCCCGCCGCAAGACCACUGACAUCGACGAGUGGGACCAGAAGUUCAUGCAGGUCGACCAGGAGAUGCUUUUCGAGAUCAUCUUGGCCGCCAACUACCUCGAUAUUAAGGCAUUGCUGGACGUUGGCUGCAAGACCGUCGCCAACAUGAUCAAGGGCAAGUCGCCCGACGAGAUCCGCAAGACCUUCAACAUCCAGAACGACUUCACUCCCGAGGAAGAAGACCAGAUCCGUCGUGAGAACGAGUGGGCUGAAGACCGCUAAAUUUCUUUCAUCUGCGUGAUUAUUUGCUAUGAUAUCCUCUGGAAUAUUGCUAGGAGAACAAAUUUAAUGAUGAUGAAACGGGACUAGAUCCUUCAAUUACACGGCGUUAGGCUUUUUUCAGGUCAGCGGUUUUUCUUCUCUUUAGCUGGCUCUGUUUGCUCUUCAUUUCGGGCCCGGAUUUCAUAUUUCACUUGGAAUGGAUUCAGAUUGAUCUGCGAUAAGCCCAGUAAGACAUUCUGUCCACUUGCGUAGCUAGGUCGAGACACCUAUUGAACCUUGGUGCUUAUUCUACGAAGUACACAUGCAGAACAAUAUCACCGCGCAAUGUUCCCGUCAUGGACAUUUGAAUUUUUCAUGUCUCAGCUCGUGUACAUCAUACGUAGGACAUGCGAACAAGUCAAGAACCACCAGCAUAAAACUCAACCCCGGAC